AUGCAAUGGAAGGUCGCACUGCCAAAUGUCAAGCCUCGAAAACGUUGCAGAGUCAAGAAACCCGUUGGCAAGACAAGAAACGCAUCAGAUGAAGAGAAUGACGCGUCAGACAACGCGAAUGACGCGCCAGACAACGCGAAUGACGUGCCAGACAACGCGAAUGACGCGCCAGACAACCUGAAUGACGCGUCAAACAGCAGGCAAGACACAUUGGACGAGAUGAUCCAUGAUGAGCUCUUUUUGCUUGACAACACUCAACUACCACAACUGGAGCCAGAGCCUGCGGAGAACCGCAUCGCAGAGGACCACGACCCGAUUCCCAUUCCCAUGAGCAACAACAGUAGCCCUUGCUCUGUCCCACCAUCACCCAUCCGACACCUUCCAACAAUCACAUUGUACUCUGGUGUUUUCACGGCAGAUCCAGACGAGAUUGACAGAGACUUUGGGGAGGCAGAUGAAGAGGGACACGAAGAGGAGUUUCUGGACCCUGAACAAGAGAACGAUGAUUUGCAGCCUGAUCCUGAAACUCCAUGUCCAAGACCCGGCACUAGCGGAAAAGCGCGACAAGCGCCAACAGUUGUAAUAGCUCUGGAAUCAUUAGAAUGCAUCGACACACUGCUCUUUGUCCCACAGGCUGCCAACCAAAGACAGCGACGCAUUCCCACCAAGCUUGCUGGGUGGAGCCCUACGUACGACAAAUGGACAGAAUCCUUGAUUGCCGCCGCUGCUGCCCUCAAGCGUGCGAGGAAGACAAACAGUCGUUAUGGAUCUGCUCGGUCUAUUCGCGAUCGUGCUCGUACUUUCAUCGAGACCCGGAAGAUUCCUGCGAGCUCGUUUGGUGCAUGGGCCAAGAAGAAGAUGGAGACUCACCCGGAACUCGCCGAAGCAUUGAUAGAGCAUUGCGUUGGGGUGGGACCGUAUGUUCAGGCCAAGGAUCUCGUGGAGUUCAUGAGUCGGCCUGAGAUUCAAGUCCAACAUAAUCUUCCCUCCACCAUCUCCAUCGCUACCGCCAAACGCUGGAUGCACGCACUGAAGUUCCGAUGGGUACGAAACCACAAGGGCCAGUAUGUUGACGGACACGAACGGGAGGAUGUCGUCCAAUAUCGGCAAGCGGUUUUCAUCCCGGAAUGGUACAAACUCGAAGACCGCAUGCGUUCAUGGACAGGACCAGAGAUGAAUGAGCUAGAGACCGUCACGAACGGUAUCCAUGGUGCCUCGAUGCAGAUCAACAGCAAACGAGUUGUCGUCUGGUUUCACGAUGAAUCGAUGUUCUAUGCUCAUGACCGUCGUCUCGCGCGCUGGGUUCAAGACGGUGCAUCACCAACUCCGUACGCAAAGGGCGAAGGUGUCUCUCUCAUGGUUGCGGAUCUUGUUUCCGCCGAUUAUGGAUGGCUGCGUUCACGGGAUGGGAAGCGCUCUGCGCGUGCUGUCUUCAAACCAGGAAAGAAUCGCGAUGGCUAUUUCACAAACACAGAGAUUCUUGAGCAAGCGCGCAAUGCAAUGGAGAUUCUGGCUUCUGACUAUCCGGAUGAGGAGCAUGUCUUGGUGUUCGAUAAUGCGACAACUCACUGUAAACGACCUGAUGACGCCAUCUCCGCUCGAAAGAUGCCUAAAUGUACACCGGCUGAGGGCAAGAACUGGGGAGUUUCGAUACUGGCUCGCGACGAACAUGGGAAAGAGGUCCUUGACAAGAAUCAAAAGCCGGUGAUGGUCACUAUCCCAAUGGCACCUGGCAAGUUCCCCGACGGUUCUCCACACCAUUUCUAUUUCCCACCCGGUCACCCUCGUGCUGGCAUCUUCAAAGGCAUGGCUGUAAUUCUCGCAGAGCGUGGGAUCGACCUUCAGUAUACCUGUCCGAAAACUGGUUCACAGAAGACGCUCCUCGCUCAGUGCAACGGCUUCAAAUUUGCUCGGAGAUCAAGACGUUUCAUGCAUGCCUACAAGGUCACCCCCACAAGCCUCGCCUACAUUUGCCUGGGAGGAUUCAUCGUUGCCUUGUACAUUAACGAGGUGAUCCUCGGAACCGCUUUCGGUAUAAUUGUCGGCCCCCACUGUGCCAAUAUCUUCGAUCCCCGCUCGUGGGGCCCCUCGACCAAUGCCAUUACGUUGGAAGUCAUGCGGGUGAUUCUUGCUACAGGGCUGUUCGCCAUUGGUGUAGAGCUUCCCGGAUCGUACAUGAAGAGACAUGCUCGAGGGCUUGCGGUCCUCGUCGUGCCAACCAUGGCAUUGGGAUGGCUCACCAUCUCUGCGAUCAUGUACCUCAUUUUCCCUAACCUCGCAUUCAUCUCCUGUCUCGCAGUCACGGCGUGCUUGACGCCGACCGACCCCAUCAUUUGUGCCACAAUCGUGGGCGGGUCGUGGGCACUCAAGCACGUACCACGCAACUUGCGAUUGCUCAUUUCGGCUGAAUCGGCAGCCAACGACGGGCUUGCGUAUCCAUUCCUGAGCAUCUCUAUCUACUUGACCGUUGAGGCGUCGAGGAAGGUGGCGAUCGGGAAAUGGUUCUUGGUGGGCUGGUUAUAUGAAGUCAUCCUGGGUAUCGUCCUGGGAUCUAUCAUGGGAUUGAGCUUCUCGUAUCUCAUGAAGGUCUCCCAUCGAAGGGGCUUCAUCGAUCGCCAAUCCUAUAUCGCGCAAUAUCUUGCCUUGGCCCUGUUCACUACAGGUGUUGCCUCAACCAUCGGCAGCGACGACUUGCUGGCAGCAUUCGCGUGUGGAAACGCUAUUUCCUGGGACCAGCAUUUCAAUGAGAUCACGGAGAACGAAGUUUUCUCCUCUGUGAUCGACCUCGUCCUCAACUGCGGCUGCUUUGUCUACAUCGCGUUGCGGCGGAUUCCAGUAGUGUUGUUGCUGUAUCGAUUCGUGCCAGAGAUUAAGACGUGGAAGGAGGCACUUUUUACAGGUCAUUUUGGACCAAUGGGUGUCGGGGCCGUUUUUGUGUCCACGCUUGCCGUGUCGCGACUCCCACAGCCAAACAAUCCACCGGCGGAUCAACAAGAGCUUUUGGCUGCCACGUUACAGCCUAUCGUCGCAUUUGUCGUGCUUGGGUCGAUUAUCGUCCACGGUCUUUCGAUCCCGUUCUUCACGCUCAGCGGCAAUAUGCAAUCCCGUACUCGCUCGCUCAUGGUGACACUGUCACGACAUGAUACGGUCGAUUGGCUCAUCGGUGCGCGCCGGGAUCGGCCUGCUCUGCCAACAAGGGGAGACGGAGAUUUGUCCCAGACUGCCACUGUCAUCGGAAUUGUCACUGGCCAAGCGGGCCUGCCUCAGGACACUUCUGAACCAAACAACGAGCAGCCGCGUAUCACCACUUCCCAAUAACAUUGACUGGGGGCGUCCAGUCCAGAAGGACGCCUUUGGGGCAUGGCAUAGUAGAUUAGACAGUCUGGACGAAAAAAAAUGAAUCCAAGCUUUUCUCCGA